GGCAUGAAACACGAACAGAAGACGAUAAGUGGUUCAACGCCUGACAAGUGCCACUCAUUCAACUUUGACCACUCUUAUUGGUCAUACUCGAGAGAUGAUGCUCAUUUCGCUAGUCAAACUCAGGUCUAUCAGGAUCUCGGUGUCGAAAUGCUCGAACAUGCCUUUGAAGGAUACAACGUGUGUAUAUUUGCCUAUGGACAGACGGGUGGUGGCAAAUCGUAUACGAUGAUGGGAAAACCGGGUGACGAGAGCGAAAUGGGGAUCAUACCUCGGCUUUGUAAUGAUUUAUUUGCUCGAGUGAAAAGCUGCACGGACUCCAACGUACAGUACUCGGUCGAAGUGUCCUACAUGGAAAUUUACUGUGAACGUGUGAAGGAUUUGCUGAAUCCAAAUAGCGGAGGAAAUCUUCGGGUUCGUGAACAUCCUCUCCUUGGACCGUAUGUGGAUGACUUGACAAAAAUGGCUGUCUGCUCUUACCAAGAUAUCUGCCACCUUAUGGACGAAGGGAACAAAGCUCGAACGGUGGCAGCGACUAACAUGAACUCUACAUCGUCUCGUUCUCAUGCCGUCUUCACUAUAGUUUUAACACAGAAGCGGCACUGUCCUGAUGCAAAUCUGGACACUGAGAAGGUCUCCAAGAUCUCACUGGUUGAUUUGGCUGGAAGUGAACGGGCUACCUCAACAGGUGCUGAGGGCCAGCGACUCAAGGAAGGAGCGAAUAUCAAUAAAAGUCUGACAACGCUUGGCCUGGUUAUCAGUAAGCUUGCCGAAGAGGCUGGCAAGAAGUCAAAACGUGGCAAAGGUGUGGUACCGUAUCGAGAUUCGGUACUUACUUGGCUACUUCGUGAAAACCUUGGCGGAAAUUCGAAGACAGCAAUGAUUGCAGCUCUCUCUCCGGCCGAUAUCAAUUUUGAUGAGACGCUCAGCACAUUACGUUAUGCCGAUCGCGCUAAGCAGAUUGUUUGUCAAGCUGUGGUCAACGAGGAUCCGAAUGCGAAACUUAUACGUGAACUUAAGGAAGAGGUUAAUAAGCUUCGAGCCAUAUUGGAAGAGAAAGGAAUCGAUGUCGCAGCGGACGAUAUGAAGACCUCACAACCAGGUCGACCUCGACAACUUUAUUCGGCCCGCGAUCAUGACACCAUCGAACAGCUUAAGGCAUCCGAAAAGCUCAUCGCUGAACUUCAUGAGACGUGGGAGGAGAAGCUACGAAAAACUGAGGAGAUUCGUCGUCAACGCGAAGAAGAAUUGAGGGAAAUGGGUCUCGCAACUACAGAAGACGGCACAACACUAGGAGUUUUUAGCCCGAAGAAGCUUCCGCACUUGGUCAAUCUCAACGAGGAUCCGCUCAUGUCAGAAUGUCUACUUUACUACCUGAAAGAAGGAAUAACAAGUGUUGGCCGUCCAGAAGCUUCAAAACGUCCUGACAUUCUACUCUCGGGACAAGCAAUUUUGGAACAUCAUUGCGAUUUUGUGAACGAGGAUGGUAGUGUUAGCCUUGAUCCAAAGAAGGAUGCGCAGUGCUUCGUGAAUGGACGUCCAAUCAAGGGCCCAACAAUACUGCAUACUGGAUCACGUGUUAUACUCGGCAACUAUCAUGUGUUUCGCUACAAUGAUCCACAAGAGGCCAGGCAGAGUCGGCACAAUUUGUCGUCCUUAACCGAACAACCUCUCGACUGGAAAUAUGCCCAACAAGAGCUGUUGGAAAAACAGGGUAUCGAUUUGAAGGUGGAAAUGGAAAAGAAACUUCUCGAAAUGGAAAGCCAAUAUCGACGUGAACGUGAAGAACUUGAACUGAAAAUGCUACGUCAGACUAAGGAGUACGAAACACGUAUUGAGAGUCUACAGAGACAGGUUGACUUAGCGCAGUCCAUGAUCAGCUCAUGCGGUUCCGGUUGGGAAGGAGAACGAUUCCUCACAAGUUCUCUUAUGGAAUUUGCCGAAGAAUGUAAAUGGACAAUCGGUCAAGAGAAGGUGGCCCGAAAAGCCGCCAUCAAGUGGAGAUACCACCAGUUCACUUCGGUCAGAGACGAUUUGUGGGGCAAUGCGAUAUUUGUGAAGGAAGCAAAUGCGAUUUCAGUUGAACUGAAAAAGAAAGUCCAAUUUCAGUUUGUCCUGUUGACUGACACUAUGUACAGCCCAUUGCCACCGGAUCUGUUACCACCUGGCGAGGAUCUCACCCUUCGACCAUAUCCGAAAACAGUCGUCGCCAUCCAAGUGCAGGAUCUCAAAAAUGGUGCCAGUCACUAUUGGAGUAUUGAAAAACUUAAGCAGCGCUUGGAAGAUAUGCGUAGUUUCUACAACGCCGAACUGUCCGUGGUUGGCACACCUGCUGAUCCACCAUAUAAAACGGUAGCCGAGGGAUGGCUGGCGGCGCUGCAACUGAAUCCAGCCCGUCUCGUGCCCGACAGGCAGCGUCUCGAAUCUAUGCGUGAUAUGUACGAAGCCGAUCAGCUCAGUCCAAGUGAUGAUCCGAUGAUGGAGGCGCUUAUGGGUACCGAUCCAUUCUACGAUCGCUUCCCGUGGUUCCGAAUGAUUGGAAGGUUGGUGGCUGACACACAGAAGAAGGGUGUCCGUCAGACAGCAAAAUUGCAUUUCCGCAAAGAGGAUUUCUUGAAGACAUGCAGGAACGGCGAGAAUGAAGAUGAAAGCCAGCAAUUGACCUUCCCACCACACAUGAACGAGGAUGAAGAGUUCUGCUUCCGAGUGGUUGUGCUACAAGCAAUCGAUGUCUCUGAGCAGUAUUCGGAUGUAUUCUGUCAAUUCAAUUUCCUCCAUCGUCAUGACGAAGCGUUCUCUACGGAGCCACUGAAGAACACUGGUCGAGCACCAUUGUCGUUCUCGCAUUCCCAGAAUUUGCACAUCAAGAUGAGCCGUACCUUCCUACACUAUCUGCAUCACUUCCCCAUCAUUUUUGAGGCGUUCGGUCAUUUCCAACAGAAACCUGAAGGAUUCCAGUUUGAACGGCAGUUGAGCGCACUUGGACGUCGUAUGUCAACGAAGCUCACUUUCCAACAACCGUCCCUAGUGAUCUCGACACCUGUAAAGAGCAAAAAAGCCAAUGCUCCUAUUCAAAACAACCCUACCCAAAUUCGUUCGAAAACGGACUUGUUGGUUUGGUUUGAAAUUUGCGAACUGGCCGGAAGUGGUGAAUAUGUGCCAGCUGUGGUGGACCAUGCGCAAGGUCUACCCACCCAUGGUGUCUUCCUUCUGCAUCAGGGAAUUCAGCGAAGGAUCAAGAUCACCAUCUGUCACGAACGGGGCGAAGUGAAAUGGAAGGAUUGCCAAGAGUUGGUUGUGGGUCGUAUCCGGAGUGGACCAGAGUGGAAUGGUGGAGAGGACAUAGAUGUGUUAUCGCUAGGGCUCUUCCCAGGAACUUUCCUGGAGUUCAGUAUGGAUGAAAGGUCAUUCUUCCAAUUCGAAGCCGCAUGGGAUAGUUCGCUUCACAACUCCCCACUUCUCAAUCGAGUAUCCAAUUAUGGCGAUCAGAUCUACAUGACGUUGUCAGCUUACAUGGAAUUGGAAGGUUGUGCUCAGCCAGCUGUCAUUACGAAGGAUAUUUGCGUGCUAAUCUACGCCAGGGAUUCAAAAAUUUCUGCAGCAAGCAGGUGUGUAUAUAAUGUAAAUGAUAAGUGGGUGACAUGGAUCGAAGGACGGUUGCCAAGCGCGUUGAGCGGCCCGUUUUGUGUCGGUUUUGCCAAGCAUUUCGCGCUAACCAUCGUAACGCUACAUAGCUGCCGCAUCAAUACUCCGGAGAAAUUCUAA